GCAUCAGUCACCUACCAGCGACACUCCCUCCACAACACACAACAUGGCUCCUAAGGCGGCUUUGGUGAUGGUGGUGAUGGUCGGCGUGGCUCUAGCUGUCCCCUCCGACCUCUAUGGCCCCCCACCCCACCACAACACUUAUAAGCAACCCGGGAUGCCGCACAACUUCGCCUACACUGUGAGGGACGAGUACGCCGGCACCAACUUCGGCCACAGCGAGGACUCUGACGGCAACACCGUCCAGGGCACCUACAAUGUCGACCUCCCUGACGGCCGCAAGCAGACGGUGAAUUAUGUGGCUGACCACUCCCAAGGGUACGUCGCCGACGUGCAGUACUACGGCGAGCCUCAGCACCCACACAAAUACAAUCCACCCGUUACCUUCAGGCCCUCCCCCUCAUACCACCCUCAACCCUCAUACAACCCACCAGCCUACAACUGAUUGAUCCACCCACUUCAAGAUAGUUUACCCCCCCCCCCACGCCUAGUCACUGUUAUAAUUGUUUUUAAAUUUCAAUAAAAUGUUGCAUGAG